AUGCCACAUAUUUAUGGGGGGUAUUAUGGUUUAUCUGUUGCAAUUUUUGGGAUCGGAGUAGGCAUAAAUGUCGUGUAUAAGAACUAUACGAAGUCUGUUACGCUGGCCACAAAGGAUGAACUCGAGCCAGAGUUGAUCGAGCUCAUCAAAAAAAAGACAUCAUUGAAUCCAAUGUGUACAUCUUACAGCAUGCCAGUAAAUGUUCACAAUGCAACUCCCAAGCUGAUAGCCGAAUCCAUGUUUUCGUCAUGGGUGAUAGCUCCAGAACAAUUCAUAUUAUGGUUGCUACUACGAAGUUAUAAGCCUUUACCAAUAACAGAAGGAAAGUCAGUUUUUGGAAUGUUCAAAGUGGAAGUUGAUAACCCUGAAAAAGUUGUACUUCAUUGGGAGCUGGGAGGACUGGCAGGUCUACAUGUAUUCUCAGUUAAAAACAAUGUUGCAGUCUUCGAUACCAUAUUUUGGUAUGCCAAGGACCCACCGUCUUUACUUUUGAACUUUCAUGAUGUUUAUUCUGAGACUCUUCUUGCUGCUGCUGUUAAACAGUUAGAAAAAAGUCCUUGA